ACCAAUGAUGACGGUGUGGUGUCUUGCAGUGUAGAUGUGUACGAUUAUCACAGCUUUUAUUGAUUUUUGUUUGUUUUAUUUAUUUCCCAGCUGCUUUUUGCGUCACCCCUGUUAAAUUCUUUAUUUAUUAUUGAUGCAGAUUGUGUACAAACAUGCUUCAAGUCAGUCAAAUUGUUUACAUCGCUUACACGUUCUAAUGAUUGCGUUAGUUUCGUAUUCUUGCUCUUCUUGUUCAGCUUAGGAAGUAGAGGUUUACGUUUGAAGCUAGCGGUCUUUAAGGCUGAAAAUUAUAGACGUGGACGAGGUAGAAUCAAUGCGUGGAAAAACAAAAUGGACUAUCCACAAUUUAUCCUUUUGGACCAAGGAGAUUUUUUCGAAUUUUUAUGGAAUGGCAAAGCCCAUUGGGGAGUUUAUAUAGAUAGCGAUGUGUGUGUCUAUGCAGGCCUUGAGGAAGUCUCAGCUAAUGCUUUUGUGGGAAGAAAAGUCUACAGAAAAUGGUUUCCUUGUUAUGUUGUGAAAGUGGCAAACAUGCAACAUUUGGUUCUUACUGGACAAGUGCAGCAAAAUUCCCAAGAAAAGUCUAAAGGAAUAGCCAUCGCUGUGAAAGCACUGAAGCACAUUGGAUCAAGAGAUUGGAGGAGCAGUAAAGAAUUUGUUGAUAGUUGUAAAGAAGACAUAUGGCAUGAGCUGUUCCUCUAUCUGUUACUUAUCCUGUUAUCAAUUGUGACACCAAAGGAUAACUCAAAGUCAGCUGGUGCUUCCUUACUGGUUUAUCCUGUGUUCACUUGUGUUGUAAUUACCAUAUGUGCCUUCACACUAAUUUACAAAUUUCUCACUACUAAGAGAACUGAAUUCUUAAGUGUGAAAAAAAAUCCUUUCACUGGCAUCAAGCAAGAUUUCAUGAAGAAAUAUUUGAUGGAGGAUGUGAAAAAAUUCAACUCAUCACAUAUAAGAGUAGCAGAAAUAAAAGUCACACCAGAACUUUUCAUUAUGACUGGCAAAAAAGGAAAUAUAUGGAGUUGUGAAAAUCUUGUACAAUAUCUAAUGACUGCUAUAGAUGAACACAAUCUGCAGCUAGAGAUGUUUGGGAUUCAAGAGUACCUGCGGAGUGCUGAAGGCAUAGCCUUGAUCAAGAAACUAGAAACUGAACAUAGAUGUAUGAUGAACUUUGUGUGGGAUGUUAAAUCAGAGACUAAGAAGGAAGCAAACGAUGUCAAAGGCAAAAGUGUUCCUCCAUGUGGAUGGGAUUUUAAUAGUAUAAAAGUAAGAGUGAUCCAAGGAGAAAUAGACAGACAAAAGACAGAUGUUAUUGUUAGUACAGUGGAUAAGUCUCUCAACUUAAAUUUUGGAACAAUGGCCUCAUCUGUUCUGAGAGCAGCUGGUGAUAUUAUACAGAUUGAAUUGCUGACAAGAUAUAAAAUUGGCAUUGGAGUUGGUGAUUUUGCUCAAUCUAGUGGUGGCAUGUUACCAUGCGAUUACAUUCUUCAUGUUUGUUUGCCAUAUUACAGACCAGAUAACAUCAGACAGAUUCUGCAUAUAAUCAGUAGACUCUUAGAUAGAGCUGAAAAACUAAAAGCCAAGUCUAUCUCCUUCCCAGCAUUGGGUACAGGAAUUCUGAGAUAUCCACCAGAUAUCUCAGCUGAAAUUGUCAUGGAAGCUAUUAGGUUACAUGCUGAAAAGAAUACACAUGCUUUACAGUCUGUUAAUAUUGUUGUCUUUCCAAAAGAUAAAAAGUGUUUUGAUGCAGUUUUAGCUAAAGGAAGUACUCUGUUCAAUGAUAACCCUAGAAAAUUAAAUAAUGGUAUCUUUGAAGUUAAAGACCAUGUUUUUCAAUCUGGACAAGUAUUUUUUAAAAUACAACAAGGGGACAUAACACAACAAAAUACUGAUGUAAUAGUGAAUGGUUUGAAAGAUUCUCUCGAUCUUGCCAAUUCAGGUCAGGCUAGUGUUACUUUACUAGAAAAAUGUGGUCAGUCACUUCAGAAGGAAUGCAAUUUAAAAAAAAAUGAGAUGUCAUUGAAAGGGGUUAUAGUGACCUCAGCACCCAAUUUAUACUGUCAACAUAUAGUUCAUAUCAGUCUGAACAAGUUUGAUCAUUCCAUGGACAGAGGCAUUUUGAUGGCUUUUAGAGAAGCAGAAAAACUAGGAGCUAAAUCAGUUACAUUACCAGCUCUCCAGUCAGCCAGUAAUAAGAUGAAAGCAAAAACAAUGAAGAAAUUGAUUUUUCAAUCCUUAAAGCAGUUUAGUGUAUUAGAACCACAGAACCUUACAGAAAUCAAGCUAGUAACCAAUAAUCCAGGGAUUCUUAAUGAGUUUUUAAAACAUGAAAGCCGAGGCAGAAGAGACACCAAUACCUUUAGAAAAAGUACACCUGUUAGAAGUAUGUCAGAGAAAUUGAUAGUACAGAUUUACUCAACUGAUGCUCAUGGAAAUGAAGAAAUAGGCAGAAAGCUUAAAGAACGCUGUGCUUUAGCUUAUAAUGAUGUACAGAAAGAAGAAUCUAACCUGCACCUGCUCGAUGACUCACAGAUUGAAAAUUUAAAGAAUCUAGGACUUGAAUGUAAGACUAAGGUUGACAUUAGUUGUCAGGAUGGUUCAGUUCAAUUGCAAGGUUUUGAUUUUGGAGGAAUUUCACAAGUUUAUGGCAAACUGAAAGAAAUGACUAAAGCCGCAGAAGAAACAUCCUUUAAGAAGUCAGAUUCCUUCAAUAUCCCUUUCAACAGAAAGACAGGAAAAGAUACAGUUGAGAGCUCACAUCCAACCCUACAGUCUAUUGAGUGGAUGUAUGGUGAAGGAAAAAACUGGAACAAAUAUGAGCCAUUGCUGAACAGUGAGAUAGAAAAAGAAUAUCAAAAUAAAGCCAGUCACUUCACAAGACAAGAUGCCAAUGGCAACAAAUACUUUAUUGAUUUCACUAGGAUGAUUGAAAUUUGCUUAAAUGAUAACGGAGAUAAUAAAUCCACAUCGAAAAUUAAACGUCAGAUCAAAACUAAAGAUUUAACUAAAACCCAGUCCUGGCCGAAAUAUUGGGACUUAAUGUCAGAAAAAAAGAACUUAGAAGUCAUUGAAUUAAAACAAGAAAGUCUGGAAUAUAAAGAAGUAGAAAAACAUUUUAAACUCUCCCUACUGGGAAGUUCUGUAUUCAUUAGAAAGAUUCAACGCAUUCAAAACAAAUCCCUCUUCUUGCAAUUCUGUGCCAAAAAAGAUGAAUUGGAACUGCACAACCCUGAGAACCAUCAAAAUGAAAGGAAAUUAUUUCAUGGAACCUCAGCCUCUUCUAUAAAUCAAAUAAAUGAAAAUGGAUUCAAUCGAAGCUUUUGUGGAAAGAAUGGUACAGCUUAUGGUCAAGGAGUUUAUUUUGCUAAUGAAUCCAGCUACUCAAUACGAUAUGCUGAACCAGAUCUUCGUGGCAAUUGUUACAUGUACAGAGCUAGAGUUUUGACUGGACAGUUCAUCGCCACAUCUCCAGACACCAAGUGUCCUCCCAAAAAGCCAGGAACCAACAGACCCUAUGAUUCUGGUGGUAAUAAAAAUCAAGGAAUCUUUGUCAUUUUUCAUGACGCACAAAUGUAUCCAGAAUAUUUGAUUACAUAUCAAUGGCAUCAUCUGCGUAAGCUCUGAAUGGAGAAUGGUAUAUUCUAUGUUGUUAUUUUGUUGUAUCAUAUUGAUCCUGUAAGUUUUAUGUAGGAUAAACAUUAUAAGUUACUUUACUGUCACAGACAGAGUCACUGUUGCAGUUUGUCUAUGGUGUUGUAUUAAUGAGAGUUGUAGGACAAAAUUCAUUCGCAUAAAUUUAAGUCUCUUCUGAGUGGAUUGGUUGGGCUGAGCAAAAGUCUAAUAUAAAUACAACAUCUGGGGGAGGGGAGGAGAGAAUAUUAAUAGUGCCUCCACUUAAGCCCACUUUCACACCCAUCACAUCAGGUCCUACCCUGGACAUUGAUGUGAAAUAAUAGGUACACUAACCUUGAUAUCAUUAUUGGCAAUUGCCAACUAAAGUAAUGAUGAACUUGACCUUUUGAGUUACUCUUGCUUGUAUUUGUUCUAGUAUUCCUAAUUGUGCUUAUAUAUGUUUGGUAAUCUAGUCUGUUUGUCCUGACCCGUCUGGGACUGUGUCAUUGUGUUAACUAUCUGUAGUGUUUGAUUUAAGUAAAACCUUAAUUAUAAGGUAACCUGUGCAUUGGCCAGCAAAAACAUAGCCAUUCAAUGAUAGCCCCUCUACCCUAUAAACACCCUUUUGCAUUUCAAGUGCCCAGCAUAGGCCCUAUAUAUACAUAUAGAGUGGACAGAGUAGACACGAAGAAUCCAUUUAGAGACUAAGUUCCAGAUACAUAUACAUCUAAGCUACAGCUUCAUAUAGUUUAACUUAUCAAUGAGCUUUUUACUUUGUUUAGUUUUAUGCUAACUUGAUAAAGUCAUGGACGUUUCCAACAUUAGAGACAUUCGUCCAAUAAAUAAUUAUCCAGCUAAACUUGACUAUAUCAUUUUUUUUAUCAACAUGUUACACUACGUUCCAGAAGUAGCAUUAAGACCUUGCUCAAAACUUUUUGAGAUUAGUUUGUCAUUUUAGCUCUCGUGUUUAUGUUUGUAAUGGUAUGUAUCACAGUGCCUUGAGCCUACAUUUUGUUUGUUAACAGCGCUAUAAAUUAAAUUAUUGUAAUUAACUCUUGUUUGCAACGAAUGGCUGUAUCAAAGUAUUGUAAUGAAACCUCCAAACACUUUACGCCUAGGAGUCUGUAAAGUUCGAAUUAUUGUCAUGCUUUUAAUGCACUUUGAAUGUAACAUUGUUAAUGUACAACAGAAUGCAAUAUGAAAGAAUGCUGUGAAAUUGUACAAACAAAAAUGUGUUGAUGUACGGAGGCAGUAUCACCAUUUUUUGUUUCAUCCUCUCUGUACUCUUUGAACACAAUGGAAGGAACAUAAUGUUUUGGUAUGUUUCCUUUUUGUCUUUUUUUUUUGUGCCAUGUCCUCCAUCCAGAAGGGAGGGAUAAUAAUUAUAAUAAUUAUAUUUUUCAUAUAGCGUUACUUUCAUACUUAUAGCAUGCUCAGAUCCAAUCUCAUUUGUGGACCAGUGUGUGUGUAGGGGGGUAUCUUGGAGGUUUUCCGUGCUGCCUUUAGGCCGCUCAGUAAACACAACUCUGCUCGAGUCGGGUGUCGAACCUCGAGCCCCCUUCGUAUUUAGCCAAGCCAAGUUCAAGCGUAUUUGGCCUCUCAACUUCGAUUGGCCUAAACUGUGUCUGUUUUUCACUUUUUUUUUUUUUUUUUUGAAAUUGUAAAUGUAUUGUAUGCGUCAAUCAUAUUUUAUUUUUCUGGUUUAAACACAAACUCAGUAGCGUAGCAAGGGAAGCCGGGGCCGAACUAUAGGUAUCAGCUAGCGUAAACCAUUAACAUGUCUUCCAAUAUUGAACCCGGUGCUUUAGUGCUUCCGGAGUGAUGGGGGAGGAAGAAGAGACCGUGUCUGGUAUUCUUUUCGACUGCCCCAGACUUGUUUCGUCUCGACAGGUCAGGAGAAACCAACAGGUCUGGGGAGCCCAACGUUGUGCCUUAUGCAGAACAGUAGGGUCUUUGUCCAGGGCUUUUGGAAGAGACAAGUUCAUUGAGUUUGAUGGAGACCAGUCGUUAUAGAAGAAGAUGACUGUGCUUGAAAUUAGCCGUGAACAUCUCCAAUCAUCAUCACCAAUCGUUAUGAAAGGCCUAAACACUGACCAUCAACGUCACAACCUGUGAGCAGUUUAGACCAAUAGCUCGUUGCCCCGUCGUACAGAGCACAGUAAUCUCAGUUUUGUUUACAUUUUGAUGUUCAGUAUAAUGUUUGAGGCAAUAAUAAACGAUAACGCUGUUAAAGAGAGACACAAAAUACAAAAUGGGUAUUUAUAAAGUAAUGUAAGCCUAGGGAAAUUUCAACAAAAGAAGUUCGAAACUCAAAAGAGUUUUAAUAUAAAUAAACAAUGUCAAGGACACGAUAUUAAUUGAUCAGUGUAGCCAACUAAAUAGCGACUUUGUGUUACAAGCGAAAUAGCUUAGCAAUGGUUAUUUCACAGUGCUAUAAAGUGAAUGGUGCAUACCUUUUAGACUACAUGAACAACUCUCUUAUUUUGGACACUGGAUACACCGAAUAAUAAUAUAAAGCAAAGUUUCCCCUUUCAGACCUUGCGAUCUAAUGGACAGAUGAUGUAAAGAGCAUCUGUUUCUGUGGCCUACGAUUAACGAGGGUGUCAUGUGGCCAGCACAACGGCCAACCUCCUUUACUUUUCCCCCAACUAAUGCCAGGUAUCUAUUAGAUACAUCGAAUAGCUAGCUAUUUAUAAUUUUCCGCCAUAGAUGGAAAUCUCCAAAAUUGCUUACAUUUUUGUUUUCUUUCGUUAAGUGUAAAGUGGAGAUUUUCCAAACUAAAGUUGUUUACAAACAAUUGUUGCUCUCUAAUUUGGAGAUGGGCGGCGGAGUAAUUCUUUUAGAAAAUAUCAUUGAUCACUGUCAGAGAGCACGUAAUAUUCAAUUAUUUUUUUUUUCUGAAGGCCACCAAAACCCUUGCUACGCCACUGCACAAACUCAUUCAUAAAUAAAUACGUUUUGUUGGUAAUUUUUUACUACUAAAUCUUUUUUUUCAAUAUUAGUUGUUUUUUUUUUUUACUAUUUCACUAAUAUAUGUUUGUAUAUUCAACGCUGUUCCAGCUAUAUAGCUGUGAUUUUUCUUUUGCAUUCCCGGCCAUAGAAGGCUCAAAAGUAAAGUAGCAAUCAUACAUAAAACACUGAACCAUAAUCUUCAAAUACAAAAACAAAAUUUAAUAAAAUACUCUGAAAGACACAAAGAUAAAGGCACAUUCCUCGUCCCAUAUGCUAGGACAAAUUUGUACAAAUACUCCUUCCCUAGUGCUAUUAGAGCAUGGAAUGGGUUGCCUGAGCUAGCCAGGAAAACCAGUGACUUGGCUGAAUUUAAGUCAUUGGUUAAUAUGCAUGACUAAAUGCAUGACGCGUAGGACGUGAUCAUCUUCUUUUUUGAAGUAACGUCUGUAUUUUAUAAGAUAAGAUGCACAGUGGACGAAAAGAGAGAAAUAGAAAGUGAGAACAUUUUUGUUUUACAAAGUGCAAUCUGAAGUACAUGUCGUACACGAAGCUUCACUAGGAUGUCGAAAAGUAGCUUCGUCUGAGAAAUAUGAUACACAAGUUUGACAGCCCGCAAUUUACUGGCAUCCAUCCAUCCCAGUGGCGCUACAGCCCGUGGAGGGCCCUAGCCUGCUCUAGCACAUCUCUCCAUUCUGAUCUAUCCUGGGCUUUACGUCUCCAUGGAGGGCCCUAAGCCUGCUCUUGCACAUAUUUCCAUUCUGAUCUAUCCUGGGCUUUACGUCUCCAUGGAGGGCCCUAAGCCUGCUCUUGCACAUAUUUCCAUUCUGAUCUAUCCUGGGCUUUACGUCUCCAUGGAGGGCCCUGGCCUGCACUAGCACAUCUCUCCAUUCUGAUCUAUCCUGGGUUUUACGUCUCCAUGGAGGGCCCUAAGCCUGCUCUUGCACAUAUUUCCAUUCUGAUCUAUCCUGGGCUUAACGUCUCCAUGGAGGGCCCUAGCCUGCUCUAGCACUUCUCUCCAUUCCAAUCUAUCCUGGGCUUUACGUCUCCAUGGCCGGACUUUGAGCUGUUGUAGAUCUGCCUCUACGUCAUCAAGCCUCUGUACUCGUGGUCUGCCUUUGGGUCGUCUGCCUUUUGGUUUUGCUGGUGAACAAUCUUUGCUCCUCUGUUCUCUGGCAUUCUUUCGAGGUGACCUGCCCAACGUAAUCUGUUUCUUUUUAUUUCCGCUAAUAUGGAGAGGUCUUCAUAGAGCUGGUUGGUGGGAGUACUCCAUCCGGUUUCCUCAUGUAUGUCACCAUUAAUUUUUCUAAGGAUUUUCCUUUCCCAAGUAUUUAGAAGAUUUUUUUUUUGGUCAGAGUCCAGGUUUCACUUGAAUACAUAACUACUGGACUUAUGAUUGUUUUGGAGGUAGUUUUCUUUUGUUUUCUGGCAUGUUUUAUAAAAUAAAUAGUAAGCUUAGUC